CUUUCUAAUUCUACCAACUGGUAUGAAGAACUCGAUUGCCUCAGAAAAGUAGCAAGGCUCUGUCAGUCGGUAUUCAGCCGUGCAGGGGAGCCGCUGCUCGAUCAUUUUCUCCUUUUCACCUUCUGGUUUCGACAACGAAUAUCUAAUUGCUGUGUUUAAGUUGUGAGAUCAUGGCCUGCGGUGGUGCUGACCUUCAUCAUGGCUUAACCAGGAGCUCCCUGCAGGAUUCGGAAUACUCGUCAUGAAGUCUCGAUCGCUUUCUCCCGGAACCAGUCUUGCCUCUGCUGAAUCCUUGUCCAUGCCUCUGUUGCAGGAAGUCGUUCUCUCAGCUGACAUAAGUUGUAGCGAUUGCCAAAAGAGACUUUCUGAGAUGAUGUCAAAAUUGGGUGAGAUAGAAUCUGUUGUGGUGAAUGUGUCGGAGAAGAGGGUGACGCUCGUAUGCAGAUACCCGGUGCAGCCAAAGUUCCAUCCACUCGGCUAGUCGCUGCAGUAAACAAAAACCCUCUGAAAAAAAUUUCAUUGAUUCGAAGGAUGCUUCGUACUUCCUCAAGUUGAUUGAAUAUUCCAAGCCAAAUAAGUCCAACACAAAUGUUCCUCGUUCCUUGAACAAAAUUCGACAUGUAUUUUAGUUUUUUCUCGCUGAUUAACCGGUGAUAUGUACAUAAUUAAGUCCGUUGUUUGAUUCCACGGUGUUUUGGGACUCGAUUUUCUGUAACAUAAACCUUUGAGUUGAAGAAAAGUGAGAUGCUUGACCUUGCCAUAAUGUCAGGAAACAGGCAAAGCUUUAGGGUGAAGUUUUAAGGAACAAAAAUGCCUCUUUCUUAACUUGGAACAUAAUCAGAUCCCAAAAGUAGAGAAUAUCAGUUGGCUCACAAUCCACAUUUUUCAAAUAUUCCACAAGCACUUUUUUUUCCAUCAACUUUUUCUCCCCCAAAUAAUCAAAACAACAAAAUUUUAUCUCAGGUUCUGACAAUUCCAACUUCAUGGCAGGAAAGUAUUGUUGCUUGGUGAUGAGGCUCAAUAUUGACUGCAAUGCAUGCUGCAGAAAAGUAAGAAGGAUCCUCCUAAAUAUGAAAGAAAUAGAGACACAUUUGGUUGAGAAGCAGCAAUGCAGGGUGAGUGUGUGUGGGAGGUUUGUACCGGCAGAUGUUGCCAUAAAGUUGAGGAAAAAGAUGAACCGCAGAGUUGAAAUUCUAGAAAUCCAAGAGUUAGAUGGCAGCGACGAACAAAUGGAGCAAAGGGCUAUGAUUACUACCAUUAGACCACAUCAAUUAUAUUGCUACUAGUAAUUAGCAACAAUUCAAAUGUCCUUUUUUUCAUUACUUGUUGGUAUAUGUACAUUAGAAUGUCAAUGCUACAAUAAAACCUCUUGUGAGGGAAAUUAUUCAUUGUGUUGAAAACAAUACACAAAGUAUUAUAAUACAAUUGGUUGUAAUAUUUUUUUUU